AAGGAAGACGAAAAAAACCCUACUUGUACCCGUUCAGAGCCAAUCACAUGACUCAUCGCCUUACGUCACCGCCACAGGCAGCUCGCAUUGGCUGAGCCGCGCUUACUCAACUUCCCAAAGGAGGAAACAGCCAGAAGUCUCCCAAAAAAGGGGAGGAAAAAAAGUUGAUCGGCUGUUGGAGCUGAUGUGAGCGGAGCUGGUGUGUCCGGGAGCGCCUGAGCCAGAGAUUGAUUGAGUGGUCUGGAACUGAAGAAGGACAAGAGGGCGGCGGUGGGGGGCGGCAGCUCUCGGAGCAGGGAUCCUUGCAAAGCUGCGCCGUGAUGUCUUCUCCUUCGAAAGCGAAGGAGGUUUUCUCCUUGGACGAAGAGGGCCCCGCCGCUGGGGCCGAAGAUCGCCACAAAGUGAAGGUCUCCAGUUUGCCUUUCAGCGUGGAAGCGCUCAUGUCUGACAAAAAGCCCCCCCGAGAGACGAGCGGAGGCAUGGAAGGGGCUGGCUUGGGCACUUCCAGGAACCUGCUCUUGCCCGGUCACGUCUCCAGGGAAGCUCCCAGCCCCGGGGGGCUUACAAAAACCUUCGAGACCUCGUCGGUUAAAUCCGAGAAUUCCGAGGAUGGCUCUUCGUGGAUCCCGGAGGCCGGCAGAUACUCCCCUCCCCCAAGACACCUGAGUCCCACAGCCUGCACGCUGAGAAAACACAAGACAAAUCGGAAGCCCCGGACACCUUUCACCACCUCCCAACUUCUGGCUUUAGAGCGCAAAUUCCGUCAGAAGCAAUAUCUCUCCAUUGCCGAGAGGGCUGAAUUCUCAAGCUCGCUUAACCUCACAGAGACCCAGGUCAAAAUCUGGUUCCAAAACCGGAGGGCCAAGGCAAAGAGACUGCAGGAAGCAGAGCUGGAGAAAUUAAAAAUGGCAGCCAAGCCCAUGUUGCCAUCUGGCUUUAGCCUUCCUUUCCCCAUCAACUCCCCUAUCCAGGCAGCCUCACUCUAUGGAACGUCGUAUCCCUUUCAUAGACCUGUCCUUCCCAUCCCACCUGUGGGACUCUAUGCUACUCCAGUUGGAUAUAGCAUGUACCAUUUAUCAUAAGAAGAUCAGAAAGCAAAGCAGCGAGGCAAUCAGAGACUUUCUGGUGGAUCUUGCCCAAUUCAAGAGUGCAGCACAAAAACCAAUACUGGCCAUUUUUCUGCAUGCUUGUAUGUGCCUUAUCAAGUAUAUAGGAGUUUGAAAUGAAAAGCAGAGCCUGUAUUCUGCAGGUUGGGGAACCAGCCGAGUGUAAUCUUAGCACUCAGAAUCUGUUCCUGAAAGAAAGGUUUUUUUGAACAUACAUGCUUAAACUAAUAUAGUUUGUUUAUAUACUGCACAUAGGGGCGGGGGAGGAGAAAGAAAUCAACAAUGAAACCAUGCAUGUUCACAGCAUAUACAUUCCCCCUGAUGUUCCCAGUGGAGUAUCAAGCCAUGUUUCAUUUUGUUCUGUUUUGAAAAUAGGAGCAGUUCAUUCCUUAACUUGCAGCUCGAUCCUGUGCAUGUUUAGUCAGAAGUAAGUCCCAGUCUAUUCAAUGGCACUUACUCCCAAUUUAAAUGUGGUUGUAAGUAGGAAUGCAUGUUUCGAUUGGUUGUUUGACUUGGUGGGGGAAGUUUAAAUACAUACAUGGGUUUUAUUUCUAAAACCAACUUCAGAAAUAAAACCAGACUUAAGUAGAGGCAUGAUGUUAGUUUCUGCAUUUCCCAUUGGGUCUUGCACUGCAGUCUAGCCCUUCAUUGGAAGUGUAAGCAGCUGGAAUGUCUCAAAUGCAAAAUGGUGGUCUAGGUGGACCAUAGGUCUGAUCCUGCAAGGCAGUUUUUCCGUUCUAGGCUAUGGUCUGAAGGCACAUGUGACCAGUUACCUGCUGAAGCUAAGCAGGGUCAGGUUUGGUCAGUGUCUGGAUAGGAGACUGCCUGGGAACCAUCUGUAAGCCGCCUUGGGUUUCAGUCAUGAAAAAGAAAGGUGGGGUAGAAAUAUAAUAAAUAAAUAACUAUUUGGUCUAGAGUAGUUCCAUGAUAAUCAAUGGGACUGGCCCAGAUAAAGGAACCUACCAUGCCAAGGAGUCAGGCCGAUGAUAAUUUUGUUCAUCCUUAGGUUGCAGAAUAUUCUUGCUUUAUAAGACAUCACAUAAGGGGUUGUAUGUAUGCAGUGGCAAAGGAGGCAGGCCUGAGAGGUUUAUACAAGUUUUCUCUUGAUCACAUUCUCCCUAGCUUGCUAGUUUACAGUCAAGUCUAUGUACACUUGACUUUUUGGAUAUGAGGAAGAAAAAAACCAGAAUAGAGGUAUAAAGAACAGAGGUGUUGCUUUUCAGAAGUGUGUGUGUAUAUGUUCACGUGUGCAUUUAUGUGCAGAGAGACUAUCAAAACCAUGUUGCAGAGUUUGUUUUGUUUUUAUUGCAGUAAUCUUAACCUUUACUAGCUUGUAGAAAAGAAUCUGUGGUUAAACGUUUCUUGAAACACCCAUAGAUCCAGAAAACCAAACAAACCUAUGGGAACUAGAUAGUGCCACUCACUCUAAAGUCAGGACCACCCUCCCUUUCUUUUAAUUUGUUUUUUGUGGGGGGAGGGGAGGGAAGAAUUCUCUUUAGUGUAGUUGGUACUAUAUAACCCGUUUUUAUUAUACUAAUUAUUUUAAUAUUGCUAUUGCUAAACUUUGUGGUAAAGUGUCUAUAGAGGAUGCAGACUGUUCAAGACAGGACUUCUCUGAGAUGUAUUUUUGCAUGUUUAUAAAAAAAAAAGAGCCACAAGAUUUGUUUUGGAGUUGUGUUUUGUUUUUGCCCUGCUACAGGCUGUGCUGUGAACCCUCUCCAUUAGCUCAGUUCAACCCUUUUAACCCCAGCAUAUUAAAAUCCCUUUGAAAGGGAUGCCUUGUACAAUUUUAUAUAUUUUAUUGAAGAUUUAUUAUUAUCUCUUUUAUUUAGAAUUAAAUUAAAAAACAUUGUUUAAUUGUGUGUGGGUUUGUCCAUGCUUGGAGUUAUUUUUUUAAAUGACUUGAUGCCAUUUAUACUUUUUCUGGGUCAAAAUCAAAGAAAUACUCAGAAUUAUCAUUUGUGUCUCCUUCCUAAAUUUCAAUCUGAAGAAAAGCCAAAUCUGCAACAAAUGUAUGUUGAUAUAAUUUAAAUAAAAAAGUCAAAUCUUAUGGGCCCCCUCUUAAUUUAGGCUGCAAUCCUAUACUCACUGGAAUUAAGUCCCAUUGAACCAAUGGGGCUUACUUCUAAGUAGAUCUGUAUGGGGUUGUAUUGUAAACAACCUUCCCUUGGCUUCUUUAAUGCAUGCAGACUAUUGAUACCGUUUUGUGACUAUUAUAUUUAUACCUGAUUUUGGUAAAGUUACUCACUGUUUACACCA